AUGGUUAAAAAUAUUGGUUACAGCAUAAACAUAGACGACAGCGCAAAGAAGCAAGCGUUAAAAGUUUUUGACAUUUUAAGUAAAGAAUAUGAUGAUGUUAUUCAACGGGCAUUCAUGAGAAUCCAAAUCAUUUGUGAUGAUUGUAUAAAAGAGGACGUUAUAAAAUUUCUUAAUAGUAACAAUGUUAUUAUAGAAGAACAAAAAUUAACCAACAACGUUAAGAGAGAAGACAAUGUAGAUGCGGAAAGUAGUCACCUGCGUGAUGAAUGUGCCCACUUACGUAAAAAUGAGGUAGAAGAAAAUGAAAAAGACGCGGUCAGCGAACCAGCGAAGAAAGAAUUUGGAGAAAAUGAAAAAAUGUUGAGGGUUCCAGUUGCUGCGGAUAGUGCAGGCAAUAGCGUCAUGGGGAAAGAUGAAGAGGAGGAGAAUUACAGCCACAAAAACGUUGCUGAUCAAAAUGCAAGCAAUAAAGAACACUGUAGUAACAAUGCAGGUAGCACCCACCUGAGCAGCGAUCACAAAGAUGCCCCUGUAGAGGACAGUUCACCACCCAAGUCGAAUGAAGGGGCACAGGAGGAUGACGCGGAAUAUGAGACAAGUCACGGAACUAACAAAAAUUACACGAAUGAAAAGGAAAAGAGUGAAAGUAUUUCGAAAAAAGAAAUAAACCAUCUGUUACACAGCACCUCCAAUGAGGAGGAAAGAAAAAACACAACAGGUGAAAUAUCACGACAGAAGGAUGAAAAGACAGAGGUCGAUCCCCUUAGCGAUGACGUUAAAGUAAAAACGAAACAAAAAAAGAAUAAACACGAAAAAGAAAGGAAGGAAAAAAAUGCGGAAAUGCAUAAAAUUGUAUUUUUAUGCUACCCGUGUGUAUAUAGAUGUGUAGAUGCCUUUACCAAAAAAUAUAAGAAGAGCUGUUCCAGCAAAAUUUUGAAUAAUAACGUUAAGAUAGCCACCUCCAAUAAGAAGAAGAAGAACAAUGUGGAAAAUUCAGUGACUAGUGCGAAGGUGGAUACGAAUGACACAAUGGCAAGGACAGCUAAAGGCAAGGAUGACCGACAAAUGGGGGGCGACAACCUAAACGAUGGUAUAAGCAACAAGGGCAGUCGUAACAGAGGCAACGCCAAAGGCAACAGUCGCCGACAGGCAGAAGCCAAUCACGACGCUGCAAAUGCGAAUAACUCCGUGGACGUGAGCCGUGACCACCCCCAGCAGGCCAACAAGAGCACUAAUAGGAACGAUGAGGAAAAGGCUAUGGAUGACAACCAAAACAGCGCCAAUAGCAUCAAACACGAAGACGCUCCAAACACGGAACAAGAGAAAAGCAAGGAAGAACCAAGUGACAAGCCAAACAGCGAAGCCGUAAUCAUGUGCACAAGUUGCUUGACGAAAAUUGAAAAAAGCAACUACAAGCUGCACUGCAGAAGUGACUUUCAUGUGUAUAAUGUCAAGAGGAAGUAUAAAAAGCUCUCCCCCAUAACGCUGGAGGAAUACGUCGAAAUCGAUUUUGAUGUGGCACACUUUCAUGUUGAUAUGUGA